AAAAGAGACCAAAUUAGGCUUCUAAAGAAAACAUAUCUCCUGGGAGUAACAUCAUCGUGAAAUCUAAGGUUGAGGCCUUUCAGAGAUAAUGACAACAACUACGUCUUCUUCGUCCACCUAUGAAUAUCCUGAAGACUAUCCUGAUGAUGGGUGCAGCAAGGCUGAUGUCAUUGAGUUUGGUGCCAUCGCCACUCCCAUCAUCUUCUCUCUAGUGACGCUCCUUAGCCUCUUUGGGAAUCUACUGGUGCUCUUGAUCUUGAUCAAGUACGAGAAUCUCAAGUCCAUGACUAACGGCUUCAUCUUCAAUUUGGCCCUAUCAGAUCUCAUGUUCACCCUUGGAUUACCUUUCUGGGCAUACUAUCAUCAUGUUGACCAAUGGACACUCGGAGAAGUGACCUGUAAGGUGGUCAAUUUCGUUUUUUAUGCUGGAUUUUACAGUAGUGUCUUGUUUUUGACGGUGAUGUCACUGCAAAGGUACAGAGCAGUAGUGUAUCCCUUAUCUGACCGUGGUGAAAAUCGCACACGUUUUGCAGUUGCUUUGUCAAUCGUUGUGUGGGUACUCAGCUUUGCGGCAGCCUUGCCUGCAACAUUACGGAGCAAUGUCCAGGUGCACUUCAAUACCGCUCACUGCCAGUACGAUGACUUGGAUUUUAAAAAAGCAGGAGAAUAUCAACAAAAUAUAUUUUUCUUCAUUGCCUUUGUUAUCAUCUGCUUUUGUUACACCAGGAUACUUCAAACAGUUCUGAAGUCCCCAGCAAGUAAGAGAAUUAGGACAGUGAAGCUCAUUUUUGUUAUUGUGGUGGUGUUUUUGGUGGGGUGGGCGCCGUACAACAUUGUUAUAUUCCUAAGGUCUUUCUCUCAUUUGCACCCAUUUGAUGAUUGCAAUGUGAGCAUUCACCUGGAUUAUGCCUUCUACAUAUGUCGGCUAAUGGCCUUCUCACACUGUUGCCUUAAUCCUGUGUUCUACGCCUUUGUUGGAGUAAAGUUCAGAAAACACUUGAAAGCGAUCAUUCAUAAGAUCUCACCACCACCUCAGGCAAGUUUGGAGUCUCAGCGCACAAGGAUGGUAGUUAUGCCGUCGAUGGGGUCCAUGUACUGAUUAAUAUGGCCUCAAAUUCCUUAUUUGGAGUACCUGCUCCAGGCCCUUCAGUGAUUCACAACAACCGCAAGGUAUAUCAGUACAUCAUUGGGCCCAUCCAGCCCAAUCCAAGACCCUAGCCAUAGAGUCGACAUUGGGGGGGUACAGAU